AUGGCGUUCCAGUCCAUGCUCAAUGGAGCAGAGUGCUCGACCUCCAACAAUGGUCUUGCGCAGAUGCUCAAGCACACUCAGCAGGACCGCUCCAUCCAGCAUGGCGAUCGCACCUUUGCCGGCCAACCACAGAUGGGUCCUGCGGGUAUGCGACAACAGCACCAAGCUGGGCCCAACUCGGACGCUGAAGCUUUUUUCCGUCAACAGCAGGGCGCUUCCAUGCCCGGCGCAGCUUCCUCGGCAUUUGAUCUUCAAGCCAUGCGCAACGAGCUCAACAAUUCAAUGCCUUCCUUCCAGCGUCCCAACUCGGGUGCAGCAUGGGCCAAUCAAAUGCCACGCACGGGCACUCCAUCGGGUGCAGACAUGGAAGCCGCCUUCGCACGCGGUGGCGCUCCCGCUAGAUCAAUGCAGGCUCCCGCAGGCUCAUCCGCUUGGGCGCAGCAAUUCGGAUCAUCUCAACAUCAGCAGCCAGCGUCGAUGCGGCAGAUGCCCGGCGCAGACGGAUCCGGCUCUUCGGGCGCCUAUGCCUCUCGUCCCAUGAUGGGCUCCUACGGCGGCGGUAUGGGCAUGGGCAUGGGAAUGGGAAUGGGAGGCAUGGGAAUGGGCAUGUUGGGAAGUAUGGGCUCGAUGCAGCAGCAGCAGCAUCAGCAGCAGCAACCACAACAGGCACAAUCUGCGCAGUCUCGCUUCACCGAGCUCGACGAUGCCACCUGGGAGGAGCAAUUCAAGAAGCUAGACGACGAACAGGCCAAAGGCAAAGGCAAGGCCAAGGAAGCCGAGACCGACCUCCUUCCCUCCGAGGCGGAGCAAGCUGAGUCAAUUCGUCGCGAGCUGGACGCCAUCGAGCAGGAGCUCACAGCCGACGGCAACGAGGCCAACUCGCGCUUCGAGGACCUUUGGCGAUCUAUGAACUCGCGCAACGGCAUCCCGCCCUCGUCCGCAGAUGCCGAGCUUGCCAAAUGGGAGGAAGAGCUGAUGAAGUCUAGGACGGAGGACGACGAGCAGUUUGGCUACUCGCACCCCUCGGGUGGGCUCGGUGGUGGCAGGCACGGUCUAGACGAGAUGGGAGCCCUGGACGGCACCGAGGAUGCCCUCCUAGAUGGAUUCGGCGUCGUCGGCCCCGACGGCUACCCUCGCCUGGGUCAGUACAGGACCAGUCAGCAGAACCCCUUCCAGACGCAUCCCGAUCCGCUCUCGGAAGGUUUGCGUCUCCUCGCCAAUGGGGGCAACCUCUCGGACGCAGCCCUGCUCUUCGAAGCCGCCACGCAGCGCGAGACGCAAGGCGGCACGGGAGGCGAAGUGGAACGGGGCGAAGUCGAUCGCUCGCGUCGCGAACGUUCCGAAGCCUGGCGCAGGCUCGGCGAGUGUCAGGCUAUGAACGAAAAGGAAGCGCAAGCCAUCCGCGCGCUCGAAGAAGCCAUCAAGAUCGACGAAAACAACCUCGAGGCGUACAUGUCGCUCGCCAUCUCGUACACGAACGAAGGCUACGAUACUGCAGCACACCAGACGCUGGAGCGUUACAUCUCGAGGGCGUACCCGAAUAUCAAAGCUGGACCUCUCCCCGCAGAAAUCUCGGGUAGCAAGGACCCCAUCGAGGGCACAGAAGGCAAUCCAUGGGCGUCACUCAACCGCGUCACGGACAUGUUCCUUCAAGCCGCGCGGCAAGGCAACAGUGCAGGCCAGAUCGACCCGGAAGUGCAGGUCGGUCUCGGAGUGCUCUUCUACACCCAGUCUGCGUACGAACAGGCGCAGGACUGCUUCAACACGGCGCUCUCUGCGCGACCGAACGACUUCCUGCUGUGGAACCGACUCGGUGCGACGCUCGCCAACGGUGGUAAGCCAGAAGAAGCCAUUGCUGCCUACCACAAGGCUUUGGAGCUGCGACCCACAUUCACACGGGCGAUCUACAACUUGUCUGUGUCGUGCCUCAAUCUCGGUGCGCACCACGAGGCGGCAGAACACCUGCUGGCAGCGCUGAAUCUACAGCAGACGCACACGCUACCGGAUGUGCCGGAGGGAGAACAGCCUGCGCCUACACCGCUCGCCGAGGCCGGAGAGAGCCACAACCUCUGGUCGACGCUCAGGAGGAUCUUCUUGGUGAUGGACAGGAUGGACCUCGCGCAGAAGGCGCACGUGGGUAGCGACCUGGGCCAGUUCAGGAGGGAAGGCUUCGAGUUCUAG